CCAACUACGGAUGACAAAGCCACAAUGAUUAGGGUCAUUUUUUUUGAAUGUUCGGAUUGAUUUCACAGUCUACUUUGAAGUUUCAUAGAACGCACCCGGACCCCAUCCUCCCUGUUUUUCUCGUCAAUUCUUCUCUGUUCUUUUCUUUUCUUAUAAUCCUGGAGUUUAUAGUUUAUAGGAUUGAAUUGAAUUAGGGUUUAGCAGAGAUGGGGAGCCCGAAGAAGAACCAGAGCAAAGGUUUCUUCGCCUCAAUGACUUCCGGGUUGUCUAUGUUCGGCAAUGUCAUCCACAGAUCCGUCAACGGGCUGGUUGGAUACGAAGGGUUGGAAGUUAUAAAUCCUGAAGGAGGCAAAGAAGAUGCAGAAGAGGAAGCUCUGAAAGGAAGAUGGAAAGAUGAGGAGAGAGAUAGUUACUGGAAGAUGAUGCAUAAGUACAUCGGAGCUGAUGUAACCUCGAUGGUGACACUUCCUGUCCUAAUAUUCGAACCAAUGACGAUGCUUCAGAAAAUGGCAGAGUUAAUGGAAUACUCCCACCUUCUAGACAGUGCAGAUGACUGUGAAGAUCCCUAUAUGCGCUUGGUGUAUUCAACAUCUUGGGCAAUAUCUGUUUAUUAUGCCUUUCAACGUACCUGGAAACCUUUUAAUCCCAUUCUUGGUGAGACUUAUGAAUUGGUCAAUCAUGGCGGUGUUACAUUUAUUUCGGAACAGGUAAGUCAUCAUCCCCCAAUGAGUGCAGGUCAUGCUGAAAAUGAACAUUUUACAUAUGAUGUGACAUCAAAGUUGAAGACAAAGUUUUUAGGGAACUCCCUUGAUAUAUAUCCUCUAGGAAGGACACGUCUCACUCUUAAAAGAGAUGGUGUUGUGUUGGAUUUGGUUCCACCACUCACUAAGGUCAACAAUUUGAUUUUCGGUCGGACUUGGGUGGAUAACCCUGGGGAGAUGAUCAUGACCAAUCUGACUACCGGGGACAAAGCCGUGCUCUAUUUUCAACCUUGUGGCUGGUUUGGGGCCGGGCGGUAUGAAGUGGAUGGAUAUGUUUAUAAUGCUUCUGAAGAACCAAAAAUACUGAUGACUGGAAAAUGGAAUGAAUCAAUGUCUUAUCAGCCUUGUGAUAUGGAAGGCGAGCCUUUACCUGGCACAGAACUGAAAGAGGUUUGGAGACUUUCUCCUGUUCCAGAAAAGGACAAAUUCCAGUACACUCACUUUGCCCACAAAAUCAACAGCUUUGAUACUGCUCCUAAGAAGUUAUUAGCAUCUGAUUCUCGCCUUCGCCCUGAUAGAGCUGCUCUUGAAAAGGGCGAUCUAUCUAAAUCCGGUUCUGAAAAAAGCAGUUUGGAGGAGAGGCAAAGAGCUGAAAAAGGAACCCGUGAGGCAAAAGGGCAUCAAUUCACUCCAAGAUGGUUUGAUAUAACUGACGAGAUCAAUCCAACGCCAUGGGGAGACAUGGAAGUCUACCAAUUCAAUGGCAAAUACACUGAGCACCGGGCUGCUGUUGAAGCUUCCAACAGCGUUGAUGUAGAAGAUGUCGCAUCAGUGGAAUUCAACCCAUGGCAGUAUGGUAACGAGUCUGAGGAAUGACGCACAUCCAACUUUUGCAUGAGUCGUUAUAUUUUUCGAGUUACCUAGAUGAUAAUUUUGACUUGAAAUUCAAGGCUUGACGUUUGUGUGUACAUGUGUAUCUCAGUUAAUAGUGUUCCUCGUUUCAUUAUAUUCUUGUUGAAACUAAGGAAUGUUCUCCAGAGGACAUUAAUUGUAAAAUUCUAUAGUUUUUUCCUUCUAAAAUUAUGUCAUUUGUUUUCUUCACUUGUGUCUUGUACAAUGCUAGCGAGUACCAAUAUACCAUUAAUGGCUCUAUUUGGGGA